AUGUACAAAGACAUGAUUCGGAAAGAAUAUUCAGUGAAAAUUCUAUCGCGUAAAAAUGGUUGUGACUCCUUAAUAGAUUUAGGUUCAGGGUCCGGAGAUGUUCUCAUGGAUUUUGUAUAUCCUAUCAUGCCGAAGAAUUUCCAAAGGUUGGUAUGUUCUGACAUAAUUCAUAAAAUGGUAAAUUAUGCCAAAAGCACCAAUAUGAGAGCCGUCAAUCCAUUUCUGGUUCGUAUACCCGAUUCAUUGCAUGAUGAGUAUAUGAAUGAUGUGAUGUCUAUGAUUUUGGAAGGUUUGCAUUGGCCAAAUGUCAGUGCGGAAUAUCGCUAUAAAUUUCCCUCUCCUUACAAAUUGUUAGUUGCUUAUGGCAGAAAAUAAAUA